AUGCGUCAGCUUUACUGUGAAAGGCUUGGAGAAACGCAGCGUGAUCUGACCCCUACAAGGGGAGUGAGGGUGGGUGGUCUGCACGCCGAGGUGCUGGGAACGUGGGUGCAUUCUGCCCGCGGUGCCCAGCUGAGUUGGCGUAUUCUUCCUCUGGUUGUUGUGGUAACGUUGGGAUAUUUCACUUUCAGAAAGGUGGUUGGAAAGCGCAGGGUGAGUGUGGCGGUGACCCCCAAUGGGUAUGCUGAUGCUGUGUACGAGGGUCGGUUCGUGAUGCCCGAGGAACGGCAAAUGCCAUUUGAGGACUUCCUGGACAUCAUCGAGAGGAAGCGGGCUGCGAGCGGUGUGUUCUACGUGCAGAAGCAGUGCUCAAACCUGACAGAGGAAUUCCCUCAGCUCCUGCAGGACAUAGAUCCCCACAUCGCGUGGAUGAGUGAGGCGCUAGGGAAGAUGCCUGAUGCUGUAAAUUUCUGGCUGGGGGAGUCAGCUGCAGUAACUUCCUUGCAUAAAGAUCACUAUGAGAACCUGUACUGCGUGGUUUCUGGAGAGAAGCAUUUUAUCCUCCUCCCUCCCACUGACAGGCCCUUUAUCCCGUAUGAAUUCUUCCAGCCUGCAACAUAUAAGGUGAAUGAAGAUGGUUCCUUUGAUGUGAUAGAUGUACAGAAGGCAGAGAAGGUACCCUGGAUUCCUCUUGACCCCGUGAAUCCUGAUCUCAGUCGUUAUCCUGAAUAUUCUCAUGCAAGGCCUCUCCACUGCACAGUGAGAGCAGGCGAAAUGCUGUACCUUCCUUCUCUAUGGUUCCAUCAUGUCCAGCAGUCACAUGGCUGCAUUGCAGUGAAUUUCUGGUAUGAUAUGGAGUAUGACAUCAAGUACAAUUACUUCCAGUUCCUCGACUCUCUGAUUAAAACAAUGAAUACGCUGUGAUUUAUCCAGUCAAGACUUCCGGGAUGUCAGGAAGAGACAAAUCUGCAUCCAGAUUUUCUGAACACCUCCAUAUACAUUCAGCAAAGACGAUAAACUGUGUCAGAAAUACUGUUCAUGGAUAAACUGGGCUUUUAGCCACAUAUCUGAUUAAUCACCGUGUGGCCACUGUAAAUACUACACAUUAGUUUUGGUGAGACAGUGCCAUUUACCAAGGGGAAAUCGUUGCCAUACAUGUGGAAUUCACUUCUAAUCACUUCAUAACUAAUAAUGUGCUAGUAAAUCAGAAUCAAUGUUUCUAGACCAGACAAAAACAGAAAUUGCUGGAAAAUCUCAGCAUUUCUGGCAGCAUCUGUGGAGAGAAAUCAGAGUUAAUAUAGUGCGUCCAGUCACCCUUCUUCAGAACCUCUUCUAGAACAGACCUUGUGUUUAUCUGUUUCCAAAGCUGGAAUGAAUAAAUCUGGUGGCAUAGAAUGAACUCAAAUCUGCAGCUCCCCAAAUGGAGAUCGUAGUGUGGCUUUGAAGAUUGUGCAUUUGGUCAUUUCAAGGCAUUUUAUGUCAUUCUGGACAACUUAACCUAGUUCAUUAGGAGGUAGCCUAAUGAAGCGGUUAUUCGGCAUAUUUCUUCAAUAUUGGCCGCACACAAACUGCAAAAUGCCCACAAUUAACCAUAAUCCAUAACAGCAACUCACCAACCAUCCUUCCAUAGCACCUUCCAAACCUGUCUCUGCCGGCUAGAUAAUCUAUGGGACCAACACCAUCAUCAGAAUUUUCCUUCGUGCCAUGCACUGUCCUGUCUUAGACAUGGAUCACUGUUCCUUCUCUGUCACUGGGUCAAAAUCUUGGAACUCCUUUCCUGACAGUGUUGUGAGUGUACCUGCAUCAAGUGCCUUCCAGUGAUUGAAGAAAGUGGCUCAUCACUGCCUUCUGGAAGGUAAAUAGGUGUGGGCAACAAAUGCUGGUCUCGCCAGUAAGGUUCACAACCCAUAAAAGAAUAAAAGCAAAGUCAUGGUUUUAAUAAAACGGCUGGACUGGUUAAGUGAUAAUUGUUGGCAUCCUACCUGGAACACCCUGCAUGACCAUUCCGGCUACAUCUGCCUUCCACGUGCAGCUUUCAACACAAGGUGCCAGUAACCAGAAACUCCGGAACACAAGGUCCAUGCUGUGUAGUAAGCAGUUUGUAUAGUGGUUGUGAGCACAGACAAAAGGUUUUACUCUACCUCAUUAAUUGUAACAAACAGAGUGUAAAGAAUGGAGAACACUGAUACAUCUCUCCACAGUGAGGCUGGUAACCACAAUGUAAAGUAAUAAUUUGGAAUAACCUGGAUGUUCCUGUUUCCCAAUAUAUAUCACAUCUAAUAAAAUAUGGAUUUGUUUUCUAUUA